UUAGUGCCAAAUGGAAAGAAAUGAAGAGAUUAGCUUGUAAUAACUCAAGCGUUUACUUAACAAAAACAAAGAAGAAAAUCCACCCAGAAAAAGAAAGAAGGAGAAGUUAGUCUAAUGGAGCCUCUUCAAGCCCAAGGUCGUAAAUUGCCGUCUACGGAACCGCGCAUGAAGCGUUACAAACCCAUUUGGCGUUUUUUAUUGAUUUCCAAUUUCGCUCUCGGAGGUUACAUAUUUGCAAAGGCAAGACAGAAACAUCAGAUUGGACAGGAUAAGAAGGCUGCCAAACCAAGCGAGGAGGAGGAGGGUAAAGCUGCAGUUGAAAUUUCUUCUUCCCAAAUUUAUGAUGAAUCAUUGAUCCUACCACCUGUCAUUGAGCCUGUGAAGGUGCGGGAGCCCAUCCCUGAAGAUCAGCAGUGUGAGCUUUUCAAGUGGAUGUUGGAAGAGAAAAGAAAAGUGAAACCCAAGGAUCGUGAAGACAAACAACAAAUUGAUGAGGAGAAGGGGAUUCUUAAGCAGUUUAUUCGUCCAAAAUCAAUUUCACAACUCUAACCGGAUGAAUCUCUUGCCACUUAACAAUUUUUAUAAAGUCACAAACAAUGAAUGGAUCUCACAUUUAGCCUUAGGUACCCAUUUGUUGCUAGACAGACGUUAAACUUUACUAGUUAUCACAUUGGUGAUGUAUUUUAU